UUCUUAAGUUCAAAGUUUUAUUAUAAUAUAAUAUAUUUUAUAUUAUUAUUAUUAUUAUUUAUUAUUGUAAUGAACGAUUUCGUAACAAUAUCCUAAAGAGUUUAUUAUUGUUAUUAUUAAUUAACAAUAUGGUGGUUUGUCGUAUUUCGUCUGAUGCUUCCAAACAACGGCCUUGAGGCCACAUCGUACCUGGUCAUGGUGUACACUCGUAAUCGGUUCACUUUCUCCUUUUCUCUUUCAUAACUGCGCGCUCGUCGUGAGCGCGCCGCGUCCAAUGCCACACCGUUCGUCAUGAACACCACACCAGCAGCAUUUCGGCUACUAUGGCCCAGGAUAUCGAAGAAUUCGGCGUCAGCGGUCGUCUGUUACCGGCGACCGUACGCCUCUUCGGCCACGGCAGUACACAACGGCAACCAACAAAAGCCCGACUGGAACCGCGCAGUGUCCGAAGCCGAGAAAAUCGUGGGCUACCCUACGUCGUUUCUUAGCCUCAGAUGGCUGCUGAGCGAUGAAAUAGCAAAUGUUGCGUUACACCUGCGCAAGUUGGUCGGCUCCAAUCAUCCGCUGCUCAAAACUGCCAAAGGCCUAUUGUACAAUGGCAGGAAUAACAUGCAGGCUUGGGGUUUGAUUGUGUUGCUGAUUUCCAAAGCAGCUGGUCAUUUAAACGUUGAUGAAAUGGAAGAAGACAAAGCUGCUGGUGUUUUACAUAGUCAAAGGGCAUUGGCCGAAGUUACCGAAAUGAUUCGUACCAGUCAUUUAGUACACAACGGUCUGGUUAACAUUUACCCAGGAUUAUAUCCAGAACCCGUUAUACUUAAUGACAUGGCUUUUGGAAAUAAAAUUGCUUUACUCAGUGGUGAUUAUUUACUGAGUAACUCAUGUGCAGAACUUGCUUCUCUCAGGAAUCAAGAUCUUGUUGAGUUAAUCAGUAGUGCUUUGCGUGAUCUUUCUGAAGCUGAAUUCGUCGGUAGAAGAGAUUCUCAAAAUAAUCCUCUUCCUUCGCCAUUUGAACCACUUAAUCGACAUUUUAAUUCAAAAUUGCCUCUUAAUCCUCUGGAACCAUCAGAUUCUUUAGGAAAUAUGCCAUUAACACCAGCUCUUCAAGACUGGACUAAACGUAAUGUUCUAUCAGCCGGCAGUUUAUUGGGCAAAUCAUGUCAAGGCACAUUAGCUUUAGCUGGACAUGGAGUAGAGUUACAAAAACAAGGAUUCUUAUUUGGUAAACAUCUUUCACUUGCUUGGCAGGCAUACCUAGAUUUAGAGCCAUUUAUGUCUGGUUCACCAUAUUCAUUGGGCAUCUCUUUCAAUUUAACUUCAGCGCCUGUUAUGUUUCACCUUGAACACGACCCAUCAUUAUUUGAAGAAAUCGACAAGGGUGUAAAUUCCGUUCAAGAUGUUGAUUAUGCCAAAAUACACAGUAUUGUGAUGAAAGGGCCUGGAAUAGAUUAUACCAAACAAUUGCAAAAAGAACAUUCUCGGAAAGCCAUGGAAGUGUUGGAAGUUUUUGAAGAGAGUGAUGCGAGAACAGCACUGUCUAACAUCAUUGUAGCAAUGGGAGGCGAAUGAAGCUUUAUGCUUUAUAUUUAUUGUUAUUUUUUUUCUAUAUGUUUUAGGAAAUUAUUUAAUUUUGAACAUUGCUAUUGUUGUAACGUACAGGGUAUUUAUUCUGAUUAAUUUAGUUGAAAGUCUGAACCUAUGCAGCAAUACCAUAGUAAAAGGCUUCUUUGUAAUAUUAUUUAGUUACUUAUAAAUAAAUUGUAUAUUUAUAAUAAAUUGUUGAUUGUUAUUUAGAAAAGCUUAUUUUGUUGUUAUCUGUUAAUGAAAAUCAUGCAAUCAUUGCAUAAUAUUUUGUAAUAUUGAAAAUAUAAUAUGAUUUUUCAGUAAUGAAUUUGAAUUUACUACAACUGCUAUAAUGUAAUAUAUACAACAAUACCAA